CCACAGAAGCGUCUCCCUCCUCCUCCUCCUCACCACAGAUUCUUCGCGAGGCGCGCGAAGACGAGGAGAGAAGAAGAGCUCAGCAGCUGCCGACCGGUGCUGGGCUCAUUCGAGCGAGCGACCAUUCGAGCAAGCAAGCAAGCAGCGCGCGGCAGCUAGCUCACGCAAUUAAUAAGCCUUCUCCUAGCUUUAGCCAAUAGCCAUGGCGCUGGCUAGCCAGGUCGCCGCCAACCAGCCGCCGCUGCUGUCCUCCCCGGCCCGGCGCCUCCCAAGAACCAGCAGCAGCAAUGCGUUGCUGCUCCUCCAGCCGGCGUCGUCCGCGGUCCUCGGCGGCCGGAAGAACCUGAGGCUGGCGCCGCCUGCUGCCGGCGCGCGGAGGGCGCUGCUGGACGCCGUCGUCGUCGUGCGGGCGUCGUCCGAGGCGAAGGCGGCGGCGGAGACCACCAAGUCGGAGGGAAGCGGCGGCGGCGGCGGCGAGGAGGAGGAGGAGCGGCCGUACGAGGAGUACGAGGUGACGAUCCAGAAGCCGUACGGGAUCAAGUUCACCAAGGGCCGCGACGGGGGCACCUACAUCGAGGCCAUCCUCCCCGGCGGCGCGGCCGACGUGACGGGGCAGUUCGAGGUCGGCGACAAGGUGCUCGCCACCAGCGCUGUCUUCGGAGAGGAGAUCUGGCCGGCGAAAGGGUACGGCCAGACCAUGUACAGCAUCCGUCAGAGGGUCGGACCUCUGUACCUCAAGAUGGAGAGGAGGUUUGGUAGGGUGGACGGUGACGGCGACCUCACCGAGAAGGAGAUCAUCAGAUUUGAGAGGAACUCUGGAGUGGUCAGCGGCAGGGUGAGGGAGAUCCAGCUGCAAAAUUACACGAGGAAGAUGGAGCAGAAGAUGCAGAGGGAAGAGGAUCUCCGGAUGGGGCUCAGGCUGUACAAGGAUGGGAAAUAUGAGGAGGCAUUGGAGAAGUUCGAGUCGGUUUUGGGAUCGAAACCGGAGCCUAGUGAGGCUUCCAUUGCCAGCUACAAUGUUGCCUGCAGCUACUCAAAACUCGGCCGGAUAGAAGCUGGGCUUUCUGCAUUGGAGGAAGCCCUGAAGGCAGGGUAUGAAGACUUCAAGAGAGUCCGCACUGACCCGGAUCUCGCAAACCUGAGGAAGUCAGAGGAAUUCGAGCCCUUGCUGAAGAACUACGACGAGUCGUUCAUCAAUGAGAAUGCCAUCAACGCCAUCAAAUCCUUGUUCGGAUUGGGAAAGAAUUGAGCAACUGAAACAUGGUGGUAGGCCGGUAGCAGCAGGAGGCAAUGCCUCUCAUCUCUGGUCUUGCAGUUUUUGCAUACUGCAGAAGCCUACCAAGGCUUAAGCUCAUGCCCAUACAGUUCAGCUCCCCCCACUCUGCCAGUAGUUUGCAGUUCACACCUGUACCUUAGCUAUUCUUGGUGAGGCUGACUAUCUCCGGGAGAUACCUCCUUGCCCUCGUACUUAACCAUUUGCUGUUUGAUGCAGAUACAUUAUGUAUAUGAGUAUUAUAUCCAAUUUGUAAAGGAAACAUGAGUACAUUAUGUAAAGGAAAUGUGCAGUUGUGCUUGUAAGCCAUGCCAAAUAUGUUAAGAAUGAGGCAAAGGGUGAAUAUGUUAGCGGACAAACUCACGAGACAA